CUCUCUCCCUCCCGGUGACAGGAAACGUAUUCUAACCGCCGAGUCUUAAAACGCCGGAAACCGCCUCCUCCCCCUAAAGAUAUGGAAUGUUUGUUGUUGUUGUUGUAGUUGUAGUUGUAGUUGUAGUUGUAGAGAUUUGCUUGCGAUUUUACCCGUGUGGUUUGUGAUGAUGUGAUAUUGAGAGCCGGAAUGGGGCGAUGACGGUGUUUGGCCCCCCCCCCAAAGAAAAAGCGAAUUACAAUGAUGAUGAUGAUAAUGAUGAUGGUAGAGCCGUUCGUAUGAUAGGCACGUAUGUGAAACCCGAGCGCGAAGAAGAAGAAGUAGAACCAAAAGAAGAAAGAAGAAGCAGAAUAGACAACGCCAACAAGAAAGAAACCAGUAAAUCAUACACCCAAACAAACCCCAAGCGCAGAACCACGCAUAAAACCCAACCCACCAAACCCCCUCACCCCAUCUCCGGCGGCAACUGCAAAAAAUGCAACGCAUGCUCCGGCGACGGCGUAGCCUCCGGCGUAUUAGUCGAGUAAAACCCAACCCUACCC